AUCCACAAAUUAUGCCUGAGUAAAUAUUUUACGGACAAACACAGGUAUGCAAAUAUACAUCGGACAAACAAUAUACUUCAAAGGCCACUUUCACCUACGCCAUGAAAAAUCCAUGGUGAGAUGGUCCGAUCGAGGCGUUAAAAAUGUUUAGCGUCGGGAGAAAAAAGUGUCGCGUCCGAUUCGAUUAUGUGAUUGAUUAUUGUAACGUAUGCGCGAUAUUAUCGAUGACAUAAAAAUGCGACCGUUUCGCAAUAUAUUCAAUACAAUACGCGAGGUAGUGUGGGCAGUAUGGCAUUCGGGUAGGCGUUGUGUAGCCUCGAAUUUCUUGGAUUAACCUUGAUCGAAGUUGACUAGCUUAUAUGCAAAUUGCAAAUCUGAGCGCCGGUGACUUUGCGAUACAUAUAUACUAUGAUAUAACAUUAGGAUCACGAAGAUCAAUGGCUAAAAAAACCACACGAUUUCUGGUAAAAUUGAAUCGGAAAAUUUCCUCAGAUGAAAAGAAUCAUAUUAUGCAGCAUUCAUUGUUCGCUCUACGUCGUUUAUCAAUAGGCGCGGAAUCAUGUUUUCAUCUGCUGUUUACAGGUCGGAUUUAAUUUCGAGGCGGAAAAUGUAACGACAAUUUCAAUCGUAUACGGCGGCGCAAUAAGGCAUACGCCGCACAAGUAAACACUUUGGGCAUAGGUGAGCGUCGGUGAUCCAGAUAGCUAAUGUUUACACGGUAUUGUUCCGGUCGAUCCCCUUGUUCCUCGCGUAAAUGUAAACAUGACUCGGAAACGAUUCUUCAGUUUUCGGUGAGAAUUAGAAGGUGCUGGUUGUGUGGUGGAUCAUAGUGAAUAAGAAUUCGUCGAUUUUUGUUCCGUGGAUGGGGAGGGUGUCGAAGAGGACUGGAGGCAAUGGAAUCGGACCUUGAACGCAUAUUUGGAGCGCAGUUAUUAUUCAGGGACACCAUAUUCAGGCUCGAAGAUCUACUCGAAAAUGAUGCGUUUGAUCAUAAAAAUUCCAGGCCAAAGUUACGGGGGAAAAAAUGAAGACUUUCGGCGAUGAUCUCACGAGACGUGGAGCUCGAAGAAAAGUACAAUCCUGUUGACAUUUAUUAUGAUAAGUCUGAUUAUGCAACUGUGUUUUUUUUGUCAAUUAUUUUUUCUCAUUUGCCAAAGUAGCUGUCAUCUCGCUACGUGAUAUGAAACUAUUCCAAAAACGACUUUCAAAUCGUGAGGGAAGAAAAAAAAGGGAACCAAAAACGGUUGAAUUUGUUCUCGGAUCGCCAAGGCCGCCCACUGGUCAAUCAUUGAAAUUCUUACCUCAUUAUCGAAAUAGAUUUAGCAAUUAAUUUUACGCAGCUACUAAAAAUACCGAUCGGUUGGCAGCCUCUCCGAUGCGUCUGGUUUGCAGACGUUUAGGCCUACGCUAGGAUAAUUUUUGAGACCGUCGUGUCAUCGUUUUUGUCCCCGGAACAUUUGAACAACGGAGUCUUAAGAACAAACUGUCUUCCUGGUAGCCCACGUAAGAUCCAAAUAAGGAAGAGACGUACAACGCACCUAGUUCACUCUGAGAAAAUAAGCGCAGUUCAGUUACAUAUUCAAUUAUGUUCCUACGGCGAGUUCGUAACGUUCUUAAAACUUCUAUGCAAAUCUCCGCGUGCGUUGAACUUAAGUAUGUUGCUUCGAAGUCGUUCGCAAAAAAUUCGUCCUUUUUUUUUUAUCGAUCUAACGGAUUUCAAAUCGUUUAUAUUGAAUCAAAUAAAUAUUGUGCACAAUUAAGACCCGCAUAGAUCAUUUUUUACUAUUAGAACAUCAGCCCACGUACAUCGAUACUCUCAUUUCAACAAUUGUUAAAUCAGUAGUUAAGAAAUUCGCAGCCAUAAUUGUAUAAAUGUGAUAUAAAAUGUUGAUCUUAAACGUGGUCUGAACUUACGUGUCGGUAAUGAUUCGUAUACAGGCAUAGCGAGAGGGUUGGUGAUUGUUCUUUUUCCGACCAGUAGAACCGAUCACCGAUGUGUCGCCAAUCAGACUGGCGGCGAAGAAAAUCAUCGGAAUUCCAUUGAAGAAGUCUUCACUGCACCCGGAUUUGGAAAAUGCUUCAUUAACGUCAUGAUUGUUAUUUGAAUGAAUCGGAAUUUUUCAGGACAUGAUUUCUGGCUGAGAAUCACUGAGCAAUUCACUAAACGACAUUGGCAAUGAAAAUAAUCCGGAGAACAAUUGACACAUGAAUUAUUUAAAAUAACUACCUUCUGUAAUAUGCCUGUGUGGUUAUUCAUUGUUUGGGUAAUUAGUUUUUCGAAUGUAUAAAAAUGCAGGACGAACAUCAUUCGACCUUCGACAAAGAUUCUAUUGUUCCCCAGUAAUUGUUGACCGUGUAGCGAGGUAUUAUUUUAGAAGAUGUGAGGAUUUUUUCACAAAUUACCAGAAUUGAGAUGCCCUUCCACUUCGAAUAAUUUUGAAAAGUGGCAGGUGAUUUUAUCGAAUGAAAACAUGUGGAAUGACGAUGAAAACUUCACAGUAGUAAAAUGGAAAGCGGUUGUCAUCCGGUAAUGAGUGUUUACCAUGUUUAGUGAUGUGCUGACGUAUUUCAAGUCAGUAAAUGUGUCGGGAAAUACGCAGAAAGUGCAUCAUGUAAUCCUAAACGGCGAAUGGAUAGGAAUUCGAAUGGUUUUCGGGCAUAACACCUUUUGGGUUGAGAAAUCCUUCGUCCAAAAUGAAAAACACAUUUUUCCUUUAGGCGAUUUUCCGAUUCGACGUUCGGUAUAUAUACCCCAUGACAAGGGGAUCGUAGUAUAGUUGUUGUUGUUCAGCGUGAGCUGACGAAAACUUCAAUCAUGAAGUUUUUGCUGCUGUUGGCCUUAGUGGCCUUAGCCAGCGCUGACGUCAGAUUUGCAAAAUUUCCUAAGCCGAAUGCGCCACCCUCACCGCCUCCGCACAUAAGUUUUCGAUCGAAUAUUCAGGACCGCCUGUCUUCAGAAUCUCAUUUCUCAACCCUUACGCGCAAUACCAACGGUCCAUUGAAUUAUCCGUAUCCGCCACCUGCGCCGCAGAAGCGAGUUGAACGACCGGUAGUAAUUCCUCACGCUCGAUAUGGUGUGCCGCUCCAAACUCCACCUGCAUCAGUUGAGAAAUUUGCACCACCUCCACCCCCGCCGCCGCAGCCACCUCCGCCGCCGCCUCCUCCGCCACCACCUCCUCCCCCACCUGCUCCAGUACCGGUCUAUGGACCGCCACCUCCUCCUCCACCCCCGCCACCGCCGCCACCCCCACCACCCCCGCCACCACCUCCACCACCAGUAUAUAGUGCUCCGAUUGUGAAGUAUGAAGCACCUCCACCGCCUCCACCGCCACCACCGCCGCCACCACCCCCACCCCCGCCUCCUCCGCCACCACCUCCUCCCCCACCUCCUCCAGUACCAGUCUAUGGACCGCCACCUCCUCCUCCACCCCCGCCACCGCCGCCACCCCCACCACCCCCGCCACCACCUCCACCACCAGUAUAUAGUGCUCCGAUUGUGAAGUAUGAAGCACCUCCACCGCCUCCACCGCCACCACCGCCGCCACCACCCCCACCCCCGCCUCCUCCGCCACCACCUCCUCCCCCACCUCCUCCAGUACCAGUCUAUGGACCGCCACCUCCUCCUCCACCCCCUCCACCGCCUCCGCCGCCACCACCGCCACCUCCACCACCACCACCAGUGUACAGUGCUCCGAUUGUGAAGUAUGAAGCACCUCCACCGCCACCACCACCGCCGCCACCACCACCUCCUCCACCUCCUCCACCACCACCACCACCACCUCCUCCAGUACCAGUCUACGGACCGCCACCUCCUCCUCCACCCCCUCCGCCACCACCGCCGCCACCACCACCACCUCCACCACCACCACCAGUGUAUAGUGCUCCGAUUGUGAAGUAUGAAGCACCUCCGCCCCCACCUCCACCUCCGCCUCCACCCCCACCCCCACCCCCGCCUCCUCCGCCACCACCUCCUCCCCCACCUGCUCCAGUACCAGUCUAUGGACCGCCACCUCCUCCUCCACCCCCUCCACCGCCGCCACCACCGCCACCACCGCCACCACCACCACCUCCAGUGUAUAGUGCUCCGAUUGUGAAGUAUGAAGCACCUCCACCUCCACCACCGCCACCACCUCCUCCACCACCACCACCUCCUCCCCCACCUCCUCCAGUACCAGUCUAUGGACCGCCACCUCCUCCUCCACCUCCCCCACCUCCUCCGCCACCUCCGCCACCUCCGCCGCCGCCACCACCACCACCACCACCCCCACCCCCAGUGCCAGUAUAUGGACCACCACCUCCUCCUCCACCCCCUCCGCCACCACCACCGCCGCCACCACCACCACCACCACCACCUCCAGUGUAUAGUGCUCCGAUUGUAAAGUAUGAACCUCCUCCUCCACCCCCGCCACCACCGCCACCACCGCCACCACCGCCACCACCACCACCACCCCCUCCCCCACCAGUACAAGCCCCCAUCUAUGAACUUCCGAUUGCUUAUUAUCCACCUGCGAUUCCUGAACCUGUCGAUGAAAUAAUAUUACCCUCUAUUCCACCACCACCUUCUCUACCCAAGCUUCCAUACAUUCCCUCUAUUCCAACUCCAACUCCGGAACGUGAGGCUCUAUAUCCAGCCCAGGUACAGGAAAUCAUAGAACCUGAACCUUUUUACGCACCAGAGAUUAUUGAGGCACCAGAACCUGCGCCAAUCUACAAACCAACGCUCCCAUUGAUACCGGCACCUCCAUCUCUACCUAAACAGCACUACGCUCCUGCAAUUCAGCCCUCGUACAAGCCGGUCAAGAGGAUUCAAGAAUAUGUUCCUGUCCAAAAUUUUUUGGCACGUCUUCCCCUGCCGCCAGCACUACCUCGAGGUCCUUAUUAAAAAAGAGGAACGCUUAGAACCAUUACUCCAUAGUAAAUAUGUACAGAUCUGCAACUUCGGAAGGCAUCUAUGAAAUAUAAUUCGUAACAUUUUAUAACUCUACGAUAUGAGAAGACAAGCAAAAAUAACUGCAAUAACGAUCAGUACAUCGCCAAAAACUUAAAUAAUACUUGUCUGAUCUUUGGCUUCCCGCAAGCCCAGACAACUUUACUGUAGUGAGAGAGUUGAUGUGGAUGUUAGAAACCCAGGAGCUGUACUGAAUUUCGAAAGACUAAUCGAAUAUGUGUAACAACACGAAUGUACGUAGUGUACGUUUGAACGAUCUCACCUCACGUGUUGCCAAGACAUGCAGUAACAUUUGUAAAAUAAAUACUAUCAGUAAAACAUGGAAUUUGGCUACAAAAGAUUGGAAUCUCAUCGUGGAAUCAUAAAUGCCGCUAAUUUCUAAGACACAGUAUAUAUAUAUAUCAAUGAAAUUUUUUAUUAUAUCGAACAAUGACAAAUGAUUGAAAAAUAUACGGUACAAAAUUUUUUUUUACAAUUCCAACUUAACGAUUGUCUAAAUUAUUCUUAAAUUAAAUUACUUCUGAGUUUUUUUUUAGAAACUUGAAUACCACUCAAGUCCCAUGAAGUUUACUUUUUUUCUUUUUCAAGACAAGACUGUGUACAUAU